GAAAACAAAAGCCCUUUCUCUCGAUGCACCAGAAAAACACUGACGACCAUCCUCCCAUCAUGGCUGCGAGGAGGUCCCCAUUGUCUCAGAAACUGAAGCCUUUAAACAAUCAGGGACCCCGUGCCUCUAGAAUAAGAACAUAAUAGAAGCCCCUUAGGACCGGAGGAUCAUGGGAGACCACCUUGACCUUCUCUUAAGAAUGGUGCUCAUGGCCAGUCCCACGCUUGGAAUUUCUUCCUGCUUCUUCGAUGGCUGGAGAGCCUUAUAUCGUUUCCGCAACCUCACCCAAGUCCCCCAGGUCCCCAACACCACCAAGAGUCUCCUGCUCAGCUUCAACUACAUCAGGACAGUCACAACCGCAUCCCUCCCCUUCCUGGAGCAGCUGCAGCUGCUGGAGCUCGGGACUCAGUUUACCCCCUUGACCAUUGACAAAGAAGCCUUCCAAAACCUGCCCAAUCUCAGAAUCUUGGACCUGGGCAAAAGUCAGAUAGACUUCUUGCACCCAGAUGCUUUUCAGGAACUGCCCCAUCUCUCCGAACUUCGACUGUUUUACUGUGGUCUCUCCGGUGCUGUAUUAAAAGAUGGUUAUUUCAGAAAUUUGGGGUCUUUGACUCACUUGGACCUAUCCAAAAAUCAGAUUCAAAGUCUUUACCUUCAUCAUUCAUUCCUGGAAUUGAUCUUGAAGCCCAUCGAUCUUUCCCUCAACCAAAUAACCAUUGUUUGUGAGCACGAGCUCAAACCCCUCCAAGGAAAAACACUCUCCUUUUUAAGCCUUGCUGAUAACAACCUGUACAACAGGGUCUCAAUGGACUGGCGGAAGUGUCUGAACCCAUUCAGAAACAUGGUCCUGGAAACCCUAGGUUUCUGGCGAUGGCUGGGCAGUGGACAUCACAAGAAACUUCAACAAUGCCAUCAAUGGAAGCUAGAUUUUCUCUUUGGUUCUUACCAUCACGUGAUGGGUUCUGGGUUUGGCUUCACUAACAUGAAAGACCCGGACCAGCACACCUUUGCCGGCCUGGCCAGAAGCUCAGUGAUACAGCUGGACCUUUCACAUGGGUUUAUCUUCUCCCUGGACUUCCAACUCUUUGAGACGCUCAAGGAGUUGAAGGUUCUGAACGUCGCCUACAACAAGAUAAACAAUAUUGCAGACAAAGCAUUUUAUGGACUCGACAACCUCCAAGUUCUCAAUAUAUCACAUAACCUUCUGGGGCAAUUGUAUAAUUCUGAUUUCUAUGGGCUACCUAAGGUAGCCUAUAUUGAUCUGCAAAAGAAUCACAUCCGGAUCAUUCAGGACCAAACAUUCAGAUUCCUGGAAAACUUAAACACCUUGGAUCUCCGGAACAAUGCUCUUAAAACUAUUUAUUUUCUUCCAAGCAUACCUAAUAUCUUCUUGAGUGGCAAUAAACUGGCUACUUUGCCAAACAUCGCACUUACAGCUAACUUCAUCACCUUAUCAGAGAAUAGGCUGGAAAAUCUGGAUAAUCUCUACUUCCUUCUCCAGGUACCUCAUCUCCAGAUUCUCAUUUUAAAUCAAAAUCGCUUUUCCUUUUGUAACCAAGACCAUGCCCCUUCAGAGAACCUCAGCUUAGAAGAGCUUCUCCUUGAAGAAAAUAUGUUGCAGCUUGCCUGGGGAGCCGGGUUCUGCUGGGGUGUUUUUAAGGGGCUUUCCCAUCUCUGAGUCCUGUAUUUGAAUAAAAACUACCUGAAUUUCCUUCCACCAGGAGUAUUUCGUCAUCUGACUGCACUGAGGGGACUCAGCCUCAGGGACAACAGGCUGACCGUUCUUUUUCCUGGCGACUUACCUGCUAAUUUAGAGGUCCUGGAUAUAUCCAGAAACCAGCUCCUCUCUCCUGAUCCUGAUUUAUUUGCAUCGCUGAGUGCUGUGGACAUAACUCAUAACAAGUUCAUCUGUGAGUGUGAACUUAGCGCUUUUAUCAGUUGGCUCAAUCAAACCAACGUCACAAUAUUUGGCUCUCCGGCAGACAUAUACUGCAUGUACCCGAGCUCCAUGGCUGGGGCUUCCCUCUACUCUCUUUCCACGGAAGAUUGUGAUGAAGACGAAGUUUUAAAGUCCCUAAAGUUUUCCCUUUUCACCUUCCUCGCUGUCACUUUGACUCUGUUCCUCGUGGCCAUCCUCAUCGUUACGAAGUCUCGGGGGUUUUGUUUCAUCUGUUAUAAGAAAACCCAGAGACUGGUGUUCAAAGACCCCAUCAAGGGAAGAGAUAAGACGUACAAAUACGAUGCCUAUUUGCGCUUCAGUAGCAAAGACUUUGAAUGGGUGCAGAAUGCUUUGCUCAAACACCUGGAUGCCCAGUACAGCGACCGAAACAGAUUUAACCUGUGCUUUGAAGAGAGAGACUUUUUGCCCGGGGAAAACCACAUCGCCAACAUCCAGGAUGCCCUGUGGAGCAGCAGAAAGGUUGUCUGUCUCGUGAGCAGACACUUCCUUAGAGACGGGUGGUGCCUCGAAGCCUUCAGUUACGCCCAGAGCUGGUGCUUAGCUGACCUCAGUGGCGCCCUCAUCAUGGUGGUGGUGGGGUCCCUGUCCCAGUACCAGCUGAUGAAACAUCGCUCCAUCCGAGGAUUCGUCCAGAAACAGCAGUAUUUGAGGUGGCCUGAGGAUCUCCAGGAUGUUGGCUGGUUUCUCAACAAGCUCUCUCAGCUCAUUCUAAAGAAAGAAAAGGAAAGGAAGAUAGACAAUGACAUUCAGUCGCAAAGUGUAACCACCAUUUCUUAG